AUGGCUUCUACUUCGAUCCCGCCGUUGUUGAUUACGGACGACGCCCACGCAGUUCGAGAAGAAAUUUUCGGAGCUUGCUGUCUCAUACUACCGUUUGAUACUGAAGAGGAAGUGGUAAGGCGAGCAAAUGACACAAUGUACGGACUGGCUGCUGGAGUUUUCUCAGGGAAUUUGGCUCGCUGUCAUCGACUCGCCGCAAAAUUACAUGCCGGAACUGUAUUCAUCAACACAUACAAUGAUACAGAGGUGAACGUUCCAUUUGGCGGCUACAAGAACUCAGGGCACGGCCGAGAAAAUUGCCUUGAUACCUUGAAAGCCUAUACGCAAACGAAGGCAAUCUACGUGAAUAUUCAGGAUACUACAGAACACUGUUUUUAG